UUCACUAUUCUUCCCCGCCUUGUCUCUCGCACAGGCAUCUGAGCUAUACCUAUAGAGCUGGUAUCACUUCCUCUCCCGAGUGCACGUGAUGCCUGAUGCGCCUGGCAUAUUUGGCACGUGUUCAUAAACAAGCCCAAGCUGGACUGCCACAUGCACGCCAGGUACUCAAUUGGCAUACUCAUACUGAGCUGUAUAGGAUAUUCUACAAACACUGGGUCACUUCAUUCGAUCUAUUGGCGACUGCUACGAAGCUGCGUAUGCUAAGUAGUGACAGCUAUCGACUGCUGCUCUAUGGCCCUUGGUGUGGUACCUCUUGCGCGUGGUUGUAUACCAGACGUGUCUCGUAUCUACUUCACUUUAGUCAUGUAGCGUGUCUUGUUCAUUGGUGAGUGGACUCACACCACCUCUGUUUAACAUAUCUAAUUGAACCUCCAAGAACGUAUUGUGGCCCCUGGAUUUGUACCUUUCGUAUACAGUUAUUUCUC